AUAUGUGUGUGUGUAUAUAUAUAUGAUUGAUUUAUUUUAUUUUCUUCUUUCUUUCUUUCUUUCUUUCUAACUAUUUUACUUGCUAGAUGACGACUUUACAUCGUAUAGAUGACUUUGGUUCAUUUAAAAGACAACCAUCACUUAGUAGUACAUCUUAUCAUAAUCGACCCUUAACGGCAUCUGAUUUACAUAUGAGAUAUCCACACCAAUAUAAAUGUAGACCUUCUUCUGAUAUAUUACAAAUGCAUCCUAACAAAGUAUCACCUGAAGCGGAAGCCAUUGAUGAAUGGUUUGAAAAUAUUCAACGUUAUGAACAGAUGUUGGAAGAAGUAGCAGCUGCAAGUUUAGAUCAAUGUUUUAAAGAUGAAUUACAACGUAUCAAUCAAUGGUUUCAAUGUAGAUCUGAUGCAGAACGAACGGCUGCACUGUAUACAGUUGUUCAAAAUGCUUCAAAGAUACAAGUUAGAUUUCUUAUUACAGUCCUUGAACAAAUAGUGAAUGAACCUGCUGGUCAGGAAAAUGAUUUGCACUAUGGUUAUCAACAUCAGCAACAACAUCAUCAUCAUCAUCAACAACAGUCUAGUUUCCCAUUCAUGUCAACUACAACACAAUCGCUUUUAUCUGAUCAUUAUUAUCAACCUCAAUCAUUUAAAAAAAAGUCUUCUUCCUUAUUACAAUCUCUUCCUCCUCCAUCCUUAUUUCAACAAUCAUCUAAAUUAUAUCCUUCAACUUCAAGUGAACCAGAUGAAUUAAGACGUCGAGAUUAUAUGUUAUUUUCUUCUUCUUCUAGACCAUUACAAAGACCUACUCCUCUCUAUGAAAAGGCGUUGGCUGCACGACAAGCUCAACUUCAAAUGUGUGGUAGUGGUAGUGGUAGUGGUAGCGGUAGUGGUGGUGAUUCAUCCAGUAGUACUACUUCCUCAUCUUCAUCUACUACCACUCAUAAUAAUAGUCAUCAUUUAUUAUUAAGACCCUAUCAUCCUCAUAUCAAUGAACUUUGGCCUUUCCCUGAUAAACAAACUUGGAAACCUCUACAACAAAAUCAUUUUUUAUCAUCCUCCACUCCAAAGAAAACAACGAUGAUGACAAAAGAAAAAUCAUUGACUACACUUGAACAAGCACAAGAGCGACUUUGUAAACAAGAUGAUCUUUUAUUAAAAAAAAGGACUUUAUUAGUAAGAGAGAAAGUAAAGGUAAAAGUAAAAGAAGAAGAAGAAACAGAAACAGAAACAGAGGCAGAAGCAGAAAAUCAUAAAUUAACAGGUUUAGCAAGACGACGUAAACGAUCUUCUGCCGCACGUGCAUUAAAAGAUAAAAUUGCCGCAGAAACAGUUGAUUUUGAAUUAAUGAAAGGUAAAUAAAGUUAGUUAACUGUAGUCCCUUUUCAUCCUCAUUUUUUUUUUUUUUUUUUUUUU